AUACCCAACAUGGCGGGGUUAACUGGACCUCUAACCGAACUACUGCAGAAGGGGGCUUCGAGGCAGCAAGCUGCGUUCGAGGCAUUAAAAACUCUUUUAAUGUCGCCAUCGGUACUUCGCAUCGCUGACCCGGAACGGCCUUUCGAAGUCAUCACCGACGCAAGUGACAUCGCCAUCGGAGCAGUGCUCAUGCAGGAUUUCGGCAAUGGGCUUCAACCAAUUGCAUACGAGUCUCGGAUAAUGCAAUCUGCUGAGCGCAACUACCCGGUACACGACAAGGAGAUGCUGGCGAUAGUCCACGCGUUCAAAAUCUGGAGGUGCUACCUGACUGGAGCAGACGUGACGGUGCGAACUGACCACAAAUCUCUACAGUAUCUGAGAGCGCUGCCGAAUCUCAACCCGCAGCAGAUACGCUGUCUGGACUACCUGGAGUCCAACUUCACAUACAAGAUCACGUACAAAAAAGGGGCCAACAAUAUUGCCGACACCCUCUCCAGACCAUCUGCCCAACUCACCUGAUUCGGACAAACUGCCCCGACC